AUGAGUAGCAAGGCAGCCGUCGAGGGGCGCCACUUGGAGCGCUCCGCCGACACCUGGGAGGGCGAGCUGGCAGCCCCCAAGAUCCCCUUCAUGGUGGCCUUCGCCCUGCCCCAGGGCCGCGUGCGUAAGGACGUCAUCGAACAGGGCCUCGCCAAGCUGGCGGCCGCCGGAAUCACGGUCAACACGCAGGCCCCUCACCCGCGCACCCUGGGGCACACUUGCGGCCGCGUCCUCGUUGGCGUCCCCCUCAAGACCCACCGCGACGUCGAAAAGGUCUUCUCAGCCUGGGUCGACGGCCGGCGCAGCGUCCCGUGCAGGCCCCCGCGCCCCCUCAUCUGGGGCGGCGUGGUGGCGUUCCCCCUGCUGCCCGCGGCGAACCUGGAGCACGGCAUGAGCUACGGCCUGGUGGACAGGGCCACAGGCAAGGUGGACCCCCUCCACCUGGAGAUCCCCGGCCUCGCCCUCAAGGCCAUUCGAGAGAGGACGUCCUUUGACGCCAUCGCCAGGCGCGACGCAAAUGACCUGAUCCCCAGAGAGGAAUUCACGGCCGACAGCCGCCGCGGCGGCGCCAAGCGGCCCCGCGACGGGUCCAGCGCAGAGGAGGAGGGCGUGCUGCAGGGGGCCAGAAUAGACACAUUGCAGGCCGACCAGAUCCUUUGA